UCUCCGCUGUCAGGGCAAGGCAGUCUGACAGUAUGGCGGCGGGGUGCAGCUGGAAGGAUGCUACUGUCGCCCGUGAUGUGUCUAUCGCCGGCAGGACGUAAAUGGGCAAUUGACGGCAAAAAGAGCAUAGGAUUCAGCGAGAAAGGCCUGUCGCCGUGAGCUCCAAAGAUGGCCAGGCUCGCCGACUACUUUGUUGUUGUCGGCUACGACCUCGAUAAGAGAGUGGAGGGUGAAGGUCAAGGUCGCAUUCUCCAGCGGUUUCCUGAGAAAGACUGGGAGGACAGCCCAUUCCCACAAGGCAUAGAGCUGUUCUGUCAGCCCAGUGGCUGGCAGCUGGUUCCUGAGCGGCAGCCUGCCUCUUUCUUUGUAGCGGUUUUGACUGACAUCAACUCAGAGCGUCACUACUGUGCCUGCUUUACCUUCUGGGAGGACCUGGACAACCCACAGCUGCAGAAGGCUGAGGCCAGCGAAGCAGAUGAGGUGGAUGAGGAGCUGGCUGUCGUCCAGCCAGCGAAGGUCUUUGCCCCUAAGAGCCUGGUGCUGGUGUCCCGACUGGACUACACUGAGGUGUUCAGGAACUGUCUGGGUCUGAUCUACACCAUCCAUGUAGAUGGCCUGACUGUCCCUUUGGAAACGGUGAUUGGAAAUCUCCUCACUUGUGUCAUCCCCAUCGCUGGAGGCUCCCAGAUAGAUGAGUCUCCUGUUUGUAGUUUAGACAAGGUUCCUCAGGCCCUGGCCUGUGACUGGCUGCUGGCCUGUCUCCAGCCGGGCCAAGAGGAGAGAGAGGAAAGAUUGAGGACUAUAACAUUAGGUGCUGGUGACCGGCAAGUUAUCCAGACUCCCAUCAAUGACUCGCUUCCUGUCAGUGGCAGCAGUGUGGCCCAGCUCUUCAGACAGCUUGGUAUAGUCAACGUGUUGUAUCUGUUCUGUGCUGCCCUGACGGAACAUAAGAUCCUGUUCUUGUCCAGCAGCUACCAGAGACUAACAGAUGCUUGCCGUGGACUGCUGGCCAUAAUGUUCCCCCUCAAAUACAGCUUCACCUACGUUCCCAUCCUACCAGGAAAACUGCUAGAGGUCCUGAGCACUCCCACUCCCUUCAUCAUUGGUGUCAAUUCAUUCUUCCGCUCCGAGACACAAGAACUGUUGGAUGUGAUCAUCGCUGACCUGGACGGUGGUACGGUGACCAUCCCCGAGUGUGUCCACAUCUCCCUGCUGCCUGAACCGCUCCUUCAACAGACCCAGACUGUGCUCUCCAUGGUUUUGGAUCCAGAGCUAGAAGUUGCUGAUCAUGCCUUCCCCCCACUGUCCACACAACCCUCUGCACUCAAGAUCCAGGAUAAGGAAAUCCGGGCAGUCUUCCUGUGGCUGUUCGCUCGGCUCUUCCAGGGCUAUCGCUGGUGUUUACACAUCAUUCGCAUUCACCCCGAACCAGUAAUCCGCUUCCACAAGGCCGCCUUCCUGGGCCAGAGGGCGCUGUCAGAGGAUGACUUCCUCAUGAAGGUGUUAGACGGCAUGGCGUUUGCAGGUUUCGUGUCAGAGAGAGGGCCUCCUUACAGGGCCACUGACCUAUUUGAUGACCUGGUAGCCAAUGAAGUGGAGCGGAUACGGCACGAGGAGGCCUGUCCACACAAAGUCAUGAACCACGUCAAGGAGCUGGCUGAGCAGCUUUUCAAAAACGAGAACCCGUACCCCGCAGUGGCGAUGCACAAAGUCCAGCGACCGUCAGAAAACAGCCAGAACGCUGCACAGAAUCAGACACCCUUCCCCGUGCUGGACGAGGUUGCGGUGCAGCUCUUCAUCGACCACGCUGCCGCCAAGCUCAAGACUGCGCCUCCCGUGGUCAAAGCAGAGCUCAAGGGCAUGGUGCCCUCUGGACCCCCGCUGGGAGACAUUGUGGACAGAAACGGCAAUGUGAUGGCUAACAGCGCCCGCAGGCUGGAGGUGGUCAGGAACUGUAUUACAUACAUCUUUGAGAACAAGAUGCUGGAGGCAAAGAAGCUGAUGCCAGCUGUACUGCGGGCAUUGAAGGGUCGAGCAGCCCGGGUUUGUCUGACCCAGGAGCUCAAUCAGCAUGUCCUACAGAACCGAGCUGUGCUGGAUGACCAGCAGUUUGACUACAUCGUCCGCAUGAUGAACUGCACCUUACAGGACUGUUCACAUAUGGAUGAACACGGCAUUGCAGCUGCUCUGCUUCCAUUGGUGACAGCCUUCUGCAGAAAACUAGGCGCAGGCAUCACUCAGUUUGCCUACAGCUGUGUGCAGGAGCAUAUGGUAUGGACCAACAUGCAGUUCUGGGAGGCCAUGUUCUACAGUGACGUCCAGAACCACAUCAGGGCUCUGUACCUGGAAACAGAGGAUGGAGGAAGCUCGGAGCAGCAGGAUGGGUCAGGCGGUGGAAGGGAAAUCAGCGCCCUGGAGCUGGCGUCAGAGCAGAACAGACUGUGGCCGACGCUCACCAAGGAAAUGCAGACAGAGCGCGUGCAGAAGGAGGAGAGCACGGUGUUCAGCCAGGCCAUCCACUACGCCAACAGGAUGAGCUACCUGCUGCUGCCGCUGGACACCAGCAAGAACCGCCUGCUGAGGAGCUCGGGCCUCGGAGAUGUCGAGAGCGUCAGCAACAGCUACGUCACGAACAGUAUUGCAGGCAGCAUGGCGGAGAGUUACGACACAGAGAGCGGCUUUGAAGAUGCUGAGAGCUCAGAUGUGGCCAACUCUGUGGUGCGCUUCAUUAACCGCUUUGUGGACAAAGUGUGUAAUGAGAGCGGUGUGACCAACGAGCACCUUAAGGCUCUCCACACCAUGAUACCAGAUAUUGUUCAGAUGCACAUUGAGACGUUAGACGCAGUCCACAGGGAGAGUAAGAGACUGCCUCCGAUCCAAAAGCCCAAACUGCUGAGGCCGACUCUGUUGCCGGGCGAGGAGCUAGUAAUGGAUGGCAUGCGGGUCCACCUGAUUCCCGACGGCCGGGAGGAGGCUACGGGGCUGAUGGGAGGGCCACCUCUACUCCCCGCCGAGGGUGCAAUCUUCCUCACCACUUACCGACUCAUCUUUAAGGGCACGCCUACAGACCCACUGGUGGGUGAGCAGGUGGUCACUCGCUCGUUCCCCAUCGCCUCUCUAACCAAGGAGAAGAGGAUCUCAGUCACUUUACCCAUGGACCAAUUUGUCCAGGAGGGGCUGCAGCUGCGAUCCUGCACCUUCCAGCUAAUGAAGAUUGCGUUCGAUGAGGAGGUUGCAUCAGACCUGGCCGAGGUUUUCAGGAAGCACAUGCACAAGCUGCGUUACCCUCAGCACGUCCAGGGCACCUUUGCCUUCACUGUGGGUCAAUGUGGCAAGCUAGUGGUGGAACACAAGACCAAGGACAAGAACCAGUCGCUCAAGACACUCUCCAAGAACCUGGUGAAGAGUGCCAAAAGGACCAUCGGUCGGCAGUAUGUGACCAGGAAGAAGUAUUCUCCCCCCACCUGGGAGAACAGGAGCAGCUUCCAGUCAGAGUUAGAUGAGGAUGAAAUCUCAGUGUCAGAGGAGGUGGACCAGAGCUCCCUCACUCUCUCCUCCACCAUCCGCUCAUCGGACAGACAGACCAUGAGCAACGUGGUGGAACGAGCCUGUUGUCGCGACUACCAGCGCCUUGGUCUGGGCACGCUCAGUAACAGCCUGACACGUUCCAAGAACGAGCCCUUCAGGAUUUCGACUGUUAACCGCAUGUACACCGUCUGCAGGAGCUACCCCGGCCUGCUGAUCGUGCCUCAGAGCAUCCCAGACACAACCAUCCAGAGAAUCUGCCGCUGCUACCGACAGAACCGCUUCCCUGUGGUUUGCUGGAGGAAUUCAAGAACUAAGGCUGUCCUGCUGCGCUCUGCAGGCCUCCACGCUAAGGGUGUUGUGGGCUUCUUCAAGUCCCCCAAUGCCCCCACAGCAGUGCCCUCCCAGGCAGACUCCACCAGCCUGGAGCAGGAGAAAUACCUGCAGGCCAUCAUCAGCUCCAUGCCUUCUUACAGUGAAAGCAGCGGCAGGAACACACUCAGCGGCUUCACCUCCACACAUAUGAGCACCUCUGACUCAUCAGAUAAGCUGAGGCAGCCCAAGAUCGGCGCCCUGAUGAAACAGGUGAUGGGUGCAAAGGAGGACGUUCCCGGAACCUUCAGCAGAGGAGCUCUGGGUCAAAGGGCGAAAGUCAUCUCCCUCUCUCAGCCCAAAGUGUCUGGCAAGGCCAGGAACCCUCCUAGAGGUAAAUGGGGCAGUAUCCGAGGCAGCGGGCGUCUAAGUGCCUACAACCCAGACGUGGGGACGCGUCUGGCUGGGAAAGAGUCUCCACAGCCCAAUGGAGGGCCAAGCGAGGCGCUGUUCCUCCGCCAGCAGAGGGCCUACCUCUACAUCAUCGGAGACAAGGCCCAGCUCAAGGGAGGGAAGCAGGACUCGUUCCAGCAGUGGGAGGUGGUUCCCAUCGAGGUUUGUGACGUGCGACAGGUGAAGAACAGCUUUAAGAAGCUGAUGAAGGCCUGCGUGCCGAGCUCCCCGCCCUCUGACCCCAACAUGAGCUUCCUGCGCUGCCUUGAAGACUCUGAGUGGAUGGCUCUGCUGCACAGGGUGCUGCAGGUAUCUGUCCUAGUGGUGGAACUUCUGGAUACAGGCUCAUCAGUCAUGGUCAGCCUGGAGGACGGCUGGGACGUCACUACACAGGUGGUGUCCCUGGUGCAGCUGCUGUCGGAUCCCUACUACAGAACCUUUGACGGCUUCCGGCUGCUCGUGGAGAAGGAGUGGCUGUCGUUCGGCCACAGGUUCAGCCAUCGGGGAGCGCAGACGCUGGGCAGCCAGAGCAGCGGCUUCACCCCCGUCUUCCUGCAGUUCCUCGAUUGCGUGCACCAGAUCCACCUCCAGUUCCCAAUGGAGUUUGAGUUCAGUCAGUACUACCUGAAGUUCUUGGCCUACCACUACGUUUCCAACCGCUUCCGCACCUUCCUGCUCGACUCCGACUACGAACGCAUCGAGCUGGGAGUGCUUUACGAGGAGAAAGGAGAGAGGAAAAGCCCUCAGGUGUGUAAGUCUGUGUGGGACUACAUCGACAGACUCAACAAGAAAACACCCAUCUUCUACAACUACAUGUUCUCUCCUGAAGAUUACGAGGUGCUGCGGCCGUACACGUUCGUCUCCAACCUGAAGGUGUGGGACUUCUACAUGGAGGAGACCCUGUCCGAGGGGCCCUCUUACGACUGGGAGCUGAGGGGCCGGCAGGAGCGCGUGGCCGAGGAGACGCCGGAGAAACCCGACACCAGCGGGACCAAGUCGCAGCGGCGCGUCGUGUGGCCGUGCUACGACAGCCUGAGCAAGGUGGUGCCCGACGCCAUCACCAAGCUGCUGCACGACCUGCAGAGUCUGGAGGCUGAGCUCGGUCAGACGUCGGAAAAGUGGAAGGAUACGUGGGAUAAAAUCAAGACCACACAGAGAACUGAGACCAAACUAGAGAGCAAGCCAUCGUUCUCCAGCUCCCUGCUGAUGUCAUCCAACCUGAGCCACCAGCGGCGUUCUCAGGGCGUCUACCUGCAGGAGAGCGGCGUGGGUUCCUCCAUCAACCUGGCUCUGGACUGCGAGGCCAGCGCCACCUCCACGCCCGUCGCCGGUCGGCCGAGCACCAGCACCCUCUACAGCCAGUUCCAGAGCACAGAGAGCGAGAACAGGAGUUUUGAAGGCAUCUUGUUCAAGAAAGGGGCAUUGUUGAAACCAUGGAAACCACGGUGGUUCGUGCUGGACAAGACCAAACAUCAGCUGAGAUACUACGAGAGCAGGCAGGAUAAGGACUGUAAAGGGGUGAUCGAGCUGGCUGAUGUGGAGUCUGUCACUCCAGGAACGCCUGCCAUGGGAGCACCGAAAAAUAUCGAGGAGAAAGCCUUCUUUGAUCUCAAGACGACCAAACGAGUGUAUAACUUCUGUGCGCAGGACAGCCUGAAUGCACAGUUAUGGAUGGACAGUGUUCAGAGCUGCUUGUCAGAUGCCUAGAGUGGACGCUGGACUCUUAUAUGGAGCAAUGCAACCAGGAAUGAUUGAGCAGUGCUGUGGCACCUGACGGACAUCUCUGCCAGCCAAUCCCAACGAAACAGGGAGGGGAAGGGGCCUUUCACCACUUAAGCUCUGUUUUGUUCGCUAGUGUUGAACUAAACCUUGCGUCACAACGUUUCAGUGUUUUUGUUAUAAAAAAAAAAAUUAGAAAAAGAAAAAAAACUAAAAUGUCCCUGGAGAACCACUGUUGCUGUCGUCUCACCAAGUAGCUACAGCCUCUCACCUCCCCGACAGUCUGACCACUAUGUGUGCUGGAUGUCUGUAUGCACAAAAACAAUGCAUAUUAAAAGCACGUUGUCGCAUUUUUGUGAGGCGUCCCGCAGCUUGUACCAGCAUGAAGAUCUUUCCAGACCCUCCACCUUUAAACCACAACCCCUGCUUCCUUCCUACUAACCCUACUCGCCCUUUAAAACACUCCGGGGAGGAAUGACGGAGGAGCAGCGGUCGCCUGUCGCCCCAGCCACACACAGAACUCGUUAAACUGCUCCGGAGAAGUAUCUGAAAGACUGACUGAUGGACAGAUGGACCAAAAUAACCCUGAGGAACAAACACAGUGACAGCAGACGCUCUUUCCUCCGGUCCUCAGAGGUCUCUGCUCUCUUUGCCUCUCACUGCCUGAUGUAGCUCACUCGCAGUACACCUGAAAGAAGAAAGAAGUUUUAGAGAAGUGGACUGUGUCGCUGCAACUGCAAGAGGAGGAGGAGGAGGAAGGGGGGGGGGCUCCUCAACGGUUCAUGAAGGAUUUCCUUUUCUUCUUUUUUUUUUCCCCUUCUUUUCUAAAAUCUCAAAUUUGUACCAGAGAGAGAUCAAUGCUCAUCACCUGCCCUCAGCAGAUGGUGACGAUAUACUGUGAAAGCCAUGAAUCAGUCGUAGAGAUCAAACCAGGAGAGCCGGAUGGAGAUUAGAUUCUGUCAGGUAUUGAGUGUGUCGGUGAACUUUCACUGAGAGUGUUUACAAAGUAGACAAAAUCUUCCCUCACUAAGCUAAAUUCCGCUCUGCUCUUCUGUUUUUAAUCAACCACUAUUAACAUUCAGAUUCAGCAAGGGAUGCUGAAGGAUAGAAGGACAGAUUUAUUUUGUAGUGAUAUCUUCAAAACAGAGAAAGAGAUCUGGAAGGAGGGAAAUUAAGAGGAAUACUAAUAAAUAGAAUGAUAUUAUGGGAUGCUUAAGAGAGACUACAGUUUUUAAAGAUGGACGCUGAUCCACCACAGUGCUGUGUGUGUCGUUUUCUGACAGGAUGUUGGUUAAAAGAAAAUUGCAGUAUUUUUCAAUCUAAGUCUUUUUCUCAUAACUGUGUCCAUUUGACCACAAGCAAUGAUAAAUUUGUUGUGUGUGAAUUUUCAGAUACAUUUUAAAUUAAAUGCAGAAAUCAUCUGAAACGCUUAUCUUGAAGUCUGAGAGAAUGAAUUUAGCCUCCUAGACUAGUUAUUAGAGCUAACUGCAAGCUUGGUAAGCAAACUAGCUGUAGGGUUAGCCAGCUAGCAUGCUAUGUAUCCUUCCGCAGAGACGAUAAACAUCUUUUUAGCACGAUUCUAGUUGAGCAGGAGAACAUAACUGUUCUGUUUUCUUGAAUUUACUCAGAAGACAGUAACCAAAAUAAACCCCUUAUUUGCUACUUCUCUGCAUGUAUAAGCACUAAAUUAGCAAAGACCCAUGGUCUCACACAUGUAAACAAACUAACGUGCAAGUGAACAGGCAGCUAGUUUGGUUAGCUAGGUGGUCGCCCUAGAUGUAGAUUACCACGCAUUUAGCUAUAGCAGCUAAUUCAGGGGGCUAAUCUCAGUGUUUACCUUUGUUUGGACUUGGAAACAAGCAAUUGAAAUGAUUUCUGUAAAAUUCAUCCAGAAAGCAGUGGAUACAUUAUCAGUGUCAAAUAAAAAACAAAAAAACCAAAAUGGACACAGAUAUGAGAAUUAGACUCAGUUGAAGAUUGCUGUAAUGUCCCUUUAAUACUGCUGGGACAGGGAAAGUCAGACUCACCGGUUCAGACGAUAUCAACAGUCCACUCGUGUCGACACCAGUGUUUCACUUUAGCGCCCGCCACCGGAGCUGAAACUUGUACAUAGAUGAGUUUACAUCUGUUCAGAGUUGUAGAGAAACAGUAUGUUUAGCUGGAAGGUUUCAAAUAUCAAGUCACUUUUUUUUUUUAAUGGUUUUGUCAGACUGCCCCCCCACACCCCACCCCUUCUCCUCCACCCACAGAAACCACUCAAGACCCACACUUGUUAACACAAACCCUGCUAUGUAAAAUAUGGUUCUACUGCUGUCUUGUUGAACAUAAUAUUUGAAAUUGUAGAUUUUUUUUGUGUCUAAUAACUCCUUUGUAUAUACUACUCCAGAUUUGUAUGUAACGUUUAUGGUAGUAAUUUAUUUAACUUGUCUCCUCAGUAAGAAAGUUCCUCAAGCACCACUUUAUUUUUAAAUUAGGAAUUCAAUGUGCCAUUUGUUUAUUUCUGUAUUAAUGUGACUAAUGUUUUUUUUUUUUUUUUUUUUGAAAAAUGUACAAGUAAACCCUCAACGUAUUUUUUUUUCUUCUGUUUUGUGAACACGGUUGUUCCUUACUCAAUACCAACCGUUGAUGCAGGAGUGGAAAUGGUGUGUUAGUGGAAGAGUAAGAGCCUCUGGGGUGGUUUUUAAAGGCUGGCUGGAUUUUACUGUGUUGGUCACCCACAGUAGUGGGAUAUCUGGACGUAGAUUACAGUCAAAUAAAUCUGAACAGGCAAAAAUCUUAGUGUUGCUGGGUUCUGAUUAGUCAGUGACAUGGUGGCAACUAAGGCUGCCUGACUGAACUUAUGUCAGGUGAAGUCAAAACUGGCUCAAAAUAUCUCAGAUAUUAAGUUUGCUAUGAUAAAGAAAACCAGACAAUAUUCUCAUUUAAGAAACAAACUGGAUCAUUUUUGCUUAAAAAUGAUUUCAACAAUAAUCAAGAUCAACAGUUUCUGUUAAGUUGCACAAGUCAAAUUUUAUCUGCCUGUACGACAGAAAAUGUAGUGCUCAAUGUACCAUCACUCUGUUCUGAUUGCCAUCUUCUUACUGAAUAUUUAAUGUUACCCAGUUUUAUGAUUAAAAAACAAACAAACUACAAUUUCCAGAUAGUGCCUGUCUAACCUAUUGAUAAGAAUGAUGUUAAAAACCAGGUCUAUAGUUGACAUAUCACUGAUGUUGGUUCCUCAGCAUCCAUUAACAGUUUGCAAGUACACAUCAUCACAAUCAUAUGUCAGUUAAAAUAAGCCUCCCCUGAGGAACAGACGGACCAAAGUGACAGCAGGAAUCACUGCAGCACCCAGAAUCUGCCUGUGACAAGAUGGCGUUCCCUUGUGCUUUGACUAUAGUCUACAUCCAGUUAGACCCAGCUCAUCUUUUUACUCUAGUUUACUCAUCUCUCUGUGGUAACUCUCUACAACAGUCAACGGCUGAAUUAACCAUGACAUAAUCCUUUUUAUUUAUUUUGUUUUUUUUUUGUUGUUGUUUUUUUUUUUUUUAAAUUAGAAAUAAAAUUCUGAGCCGGGUUAUGUUGUCAAUCAUGUCAAUAUAGUUUUUAGAAUCCAAAUAAAAACCGUGGGUUUAAAUGUUCA